AUGGGGCAGACGGCGGGGUCUCUGCCGCUGAAGCGCUUCGUGAACAGCCCCGGGGAGAUCGUGGCCGAAGCCCUGGAAGGCUACCUGUGGACGCACCCCAAUGUGCAGCUGCUAGAGGGCUACCCAGAGGUGAAGGUCUUGGUGUCCUCCACCUGGCAGCAAAACUGCGGCCGUGUGGCAGUGCUCUCUGGGGGCGGAUCUGGACAUGAGCCCGCCGACGCGGGCAUGAUCGGGGAUGGCCUGCUGACUGCGGUCGUUUGCGGCGAGAUUUUCGCCUCUCCUUCAGCCUUUGCCGUCGCCAGAGCGCUGGAGGAGCCGGCUUGA